AGCUGAAUAUAAGUUGGAAUUUUUAAUAACGAAGUCGUCAAAUCGGCAUUAAGAAAUAAACCCAUUACUACUAUUAUUUCUAUCAAAACCGUUUUAAUCAUGUCGUUCGAAAUGUUUGUUAAUCGACUGAGGAAUAAACCUGUAACAUUAUAUUCGGCGUUUGCCUUUUGUUUGUUUCUAUCUGUGCUGCUUUCGGUGGGGAUUAAGGUACUGAACGAGCAGACCACUCAAUCUGUUGAACGGAAAACUCGCAUCUGUAUGACAACUGACGGAGAUGUUGAGUGCACAGUAACAGUGACAGCUCUUUUGGAGCAAUUUUGUGCCGAAAGUUACAAUGAGGUCCUCAAAAGAAACGUCGGGCAAGAUGACAUGAAGAGUGGUAUUAAAGCCAGCAUUGCGAAUGAACCGGUCAAAAGUGACAUGUUGUCUACCAUUCCUAGUACGAAACCGAUGGGAAAAGUCGUCGGGAAAGCUGUGAAACUUCCAUCUGAUGCAGAAAAAAAGAUCAAGCCUGGGUAUUCGAUGGAACAUAUGACAGUGGUGAAGUGUUGGCACCAUGAGAGUUCAUUAUCGUUCAUGCGAUUCGGAGUCAGAUACCAAAACGGUCGACUCAUUGUACCUCUCACCGGAACCUACAUCAUAUACUCCUUUCUGAGUCUCACUGACGGCAACGACGUUCCAGAUGGUUCCGAUGACAGCUCAACUACAAGGAUGGUUAAACAUGCAGUGUACAAAUACAAUGUCAAGAUAAGUCACGACAUAGAACUUGCGUCUUCUAUUCAAAUAAGAACAUAUUCAACCACAAUCAAAAACGCUUACGUUUUCAGUUCACAUAUUGAUACGUUGGUUCAGUUAGUGGCAGGAGAUGAAAUUUCUGUCAAGAUCAGUGGAGGUUUAUUGUUUUGUAACGAGAACAAUUUCUUCGGGCUGCGAUUGGUGUAACUACACCGCUGCGCCAAUGUCCACUUGUGGAACUGCGUGCUCGCCGCGUGGAUGCUGUUACUGAAUGUUCCACGUAUCCUAGUACCUUCUUAAGAAGUACGACAAGUACAUGACAAUAGAAGUACAUUUUUUUUUAAACGUAGUAGUAGUAUUACAGUAGAAGUAGAAGUAGUAGUAGUAGUAGUAAUAUAUAAUUAUUGUAAUUAGAAUUUGCGUAAUAACAUUACAAAAACAUUAUACUGUUUUACGAUGGUGAGCUUGAAAUGGUAACGUAAAAUUUACCGUUGUUUCUAUUGUGAUUGGUUUUCAGUUAUCAAAUUGGUUUGCCGUUAUAUAUUUAUCAACAAUUAAGUGUGUUUUAAUUUCUAUGCAUGGUAUACUUAUGACCACAAAAAAUCAGCUUUACGAAACAAGUAUGCAGUCAUAUAUUUUUAAUUGUUGUUGAAUUAUAAAAUAACUAAUAAGCUAAAUAGUUAUGUUGAUAACAUGACAUUUUGCAACGCAAUAAAGAUUUGUUCGGGUUUUAUAGACUGGAUAUGCAUUUCAUAAAGUUGCAAAACCGAGGUUAGCAAAGAACAUGUAUUCAAAUAGAAAAUGAGUCCAGACCACUAAUAAUGCACCAAAGUCUAGACAUUUUAAGUGCCUCGGUUAACAUAAAACAAUUUAUAUGACACCAACCUUUAUUUGAACACGUUUGUUCUUUUUCGUAUGAGACGUAAACAGUUAUUUAUUUACUCUUAUUUAACAUGCCAGAAUUAUCUAUCGAAUUUGUUUUGCCUACCCUAAAGUUUGUGUGAUAUCACAUGCUGAUGUUUUAAACAUUUCAUGUUCACUCAAUUAGCUUUUUAAAUUGCGUUAGCUAAAAUAUACAAAACAGUUUAGUUACAAUGUAUGACACAGCAUUUAUAUUGUGUAUGUAGUUUCUAUUGCAAAGGAUAUGCUAUCAUUCAUUGAUAUAUAAUUAUAUACAUAAAUAUAUAUUCGAAGUCCA